AUGAUGUGUCUAGGUUGGUCAAUUGUGACGAUCGGUACCGCCUUCGUCAAGAAAUUCGGUGAACUCGUUGCGGUACGAUUGUUGCUGGGGCUUUGCGAGGCUGGUUUCUUCCCCUGUCUCAGCCUGUACAUCACAAUGGUAUAUAAAAGGGAGGAGCAGGGCCUGCGACUUGCGUAUCUAUUUUCGUCCGUUUCCCUAGCUGGUAUGUUUGGCGGCCUUAUCGCGACCGGGAUUACCAAAAUUGGAAACAAUAGUGGGUUAAAAGCCUGGAGUUGGCUUUACAUCAUCGAAGGAGCCAUUUCAGUACUGGCGGUCGUGUGGAUAUGGUUCGGUUUACCACACGACCCGACUCGUGCUAAAUUCUGGACACCUGAAGAGGCCGAGGUAAUGGCUAUAAGGGAGGGCCAACGGCAAGAGUAUCUUGGUAGUCAAGUAUUUGAUUGGAAGGAGGUUGGAAAAGCCUUCAGAGAUCCCAAAGUCUAUACUACAGCUCUCAUCCAGUUCUUUCAAGACAUCAUUUUGUAUGGAUUCAGCACAUUUCUGCCAUCUAUCCUCAAGCUUGACCUCGGUUUCACUUCAUUAGAAGCACAGUACCUAAGCGUCCCUGUCUACUUUCUUGGGGGUGUGUCAUUCUUCCUAGCUGCUGUACUUGGAGACCGUUGGAGGCUUAGAGGCACGCUGCUUCUCAUCCUGGACAUUUUCGCCGUCACUGGCUAUGCUAUUCUUCUAGGUGUUUCUGAAAGCCCUGGAGUCCGCUACUUCGCUUGUUAUCUCAUCGCCAUCCCUCUAUACUGUGGCCCUGGUUUGAAUGAAAUCUGGAUUAACAACAACAUGGCUCCACAUUACAGACGAGCUACAGCUAUCGGUGUGCAACAGACGGUUGGAAACAUUGCUGGAAUUGUGGCGCCACAAGUCUAUCGUGCCGCCCCGUACAGACUCGGCCACUGGUGUUCUCUCGGUUCAGGCCUCAUAGCAAUGGCUCUGAUUGCUGGGCAAAUUGCUUACCUUUUCACGUUGAAUAGAAAGAAGGACCAAAUUGCUCGUGGUGAGCGACAAGAUGACAGGAAGGAGUUCUCGGGAGAAGGGCAACUCGAAUUCAGAUACAUCUACUAG